AUGGAUAAAUAUAAAAUACAAAAACAACUUGGUGAUGGGACAUAUGGAAGUGUAUUACUUGCUCAUAUUAAAGAUUCACCACAAGAAAAAGUUGCUAUUAAACGAAUGAAAAAGAAAUACUAUUCAUGGCAAGAAUGUAUGGAUUUACGAGAAAUCAAAGCUUUACAAAAAAUUCGUCAUCCAAAUGUUAUUAAAUUAAAAGAAGUUAUUCGAGAAGAUAAUAAUUUAUAUAUGAUUUUUGAGAUAGCUGAUUUUGGUCUUGCUCGUGAACUUCGGUCGAGACCUCCUUAUACUGAUUAUGUUUCUACACGAUGGUAUCGUGCUCCUGAGGUGCUACUUCGUUCGACUUCAUACACGUCUCCAAUUGAUAUAUGGGCAGUUGGAUGUAUUGCUGCAGAAUUAUAUACAUUAAGGCCAUUAUUUCCUGGAAGUAGUGAAAUUGAUCAAAUGUUUAAAAUUUGUGCUGUUAUGGGUACACCGAAUAGAGAUGAAUGGCCUGAAGGUCAUAUGUUAGCAGCUAAAUUAUCAUUUCGUUGGCCACAAUGUGCUCGAACAGAUUUAAAAAAAAUAAUUCAUAGUGCAAAUAAUGAUGGUAUUGAUAUGAUUAAGGCAACACUUGAAUGGGAUUCGAAACGACGACCAAAUGCAGCACAAUGUUUAAAACAUCCAUAUUUUAAAGUAAGUCAAGAUGCAACAACAACACAUUUACAUGUAUCAACCAGUAAUGAUUCGCCAUCAAUAAAUUCAGCAAGAUCUCGUGAUUCCAAGCCAAUAUUUGCAGAUGAUUGGGACGCAGAUGGAAACAAAACUCCAUCGAGUCCCGAUGAUAUGCAUGAUAUAGAUGCAUUGUUAAAAAAAAUGGAACAACAGAAAAAACCUAUUAUAAAAGAAAAAAAUCCUCAACAAGAAAAAUCAGCAAUACCAAAUUUUUCUACAUUUCAUAAAAACGAUGCACCGAUCUCAGAUAAUCAAAAAGGGAAUAUACCAAAUCCAAAUUUUUCUUUUGCUACUGAACAACGUCGAACAUUAAAUUUUAAACAACCAUCUAAAAUACAAGUUGAUCAAUCGUUGGAUAUAGAUGAUAUUUUAUACGGUCGAUCAAUUCAAUCACAACAACCAUCACAUUUAAAACCUUCAAUACAACCAGUAAAAAAUUCAGCUGCAUCAACAAGAAGAGAUAGUUUAUCAGAUUUAUUAAAUGAAGAUCGAAAAGUAACAACAAAAAAUCAUCUUAAUCAACCAUCAAAUAUAUUUACACAUAAAGUAACAACAAAUGUACGUGGUAAACCGGUCAUUGAUCUUAAUCCAGAUGAUUUUUUUUCUAAUACAAAUAAUCGAGAUCAAAGUGCAACUAAAGCAUCAUUAGCAACAACGAAAACAUCCGCUAGCCAUUAUUAUUUAGGAAGUUCAAGAUAUAAACCAGGUGAAAUUUUUAAUAUUUUAAUUAAAAAAAGUCUUUACUCUUCAAUUAUUUUAGGUAUUAUUCCUAAACAAACAGUACGUAAUGAUGGGUUUAAUUGGCUUACGGAACCAUCAAAUAAUAGUAAUGCAGCAGCUCGUGGUCCAAAAUUAUCAUCCUAUGUACCAACAUUUGGUGAUCAGAGAAAACGUAUGCUAGAAAACGUUUUUGCUUUUUAUUCUUGUUUAUUAUCUUGUAUUUACUAUAUAGCAGCAGCUCAACAAGCUCCAACAAUUUUUGGUGAUUGGACUCGUCAUGGUCAAUAA